UCACGAUUCACGAAUGACCACGACGCGCCGAAUUAUCUCGAGAAAUUCAUCAUAUCGCAUAAUGUGCUACAUAUAUAAACACGAUUGCUUUGCAUAGAUAUCAUUAAGAGGGUGAUCAACGUCGAGGACGGAAAAUAUAUUAACUAUUUAAAGGAUAAACAAUGGCUGGACGUGGAUACAUUGUUAUAUUUGCCUGUUUGGCUGCCAGCGUUUUAAGUUUGCCAGCUAACCAAAAAAGUGACAGUAUCAGAAAAUUUCAAGGUUACCGUCUGCGCUUCCCAUACUAUUCAAGAGAAGAUUGGGGAGCCAAACCAGCCAUUUCCGUAGUCCGCCUCAGUUUGCCCGUUCCUUACGUGACCAUCCACCACACAUACAUUCCAGCUGCAUGCUUCACCGCCGAGCAAUGUAAGAGUGCUAUGCGGAGUAUACAGACUUACCAUCAGGACGACCAAGGAUGGAAUGACAUUGGAUACAACUUUGCAAUAGGCAGUGAUGGCGCGGUGUACGAAGGACGAGGCUGGUCGGCUGUCGGCGCACACGCCGUAGGCGUCAACAGCCAGAGUAUAGGAAUCGUCUUCAUAGGAGAUUAUGUUUCUGACCUGCCGCCCCCAAAGAGCCUGCAAGCUGCCAAAGAUCUGAUUGCUAUUGGAGUGAAGGCGGGCUUCAUUUCUCCAUCCUACCAUCUAAUAGCCCACCGCCAGGUGUCCGCGACCGAGUGCCCUGGACAGAGUCUGUACACUGAGAUCACCAGUUGGGAUCGAUUUUUACCUGACUUUGACGUAAAUACGUAAACCAAUAUAGAAUUUAGUGCAAUUUA